GGAAACUUCACAGGGAUCUUCAGCAUGUAGAACAGGAGCUCUCUGGACAGGAAUGACCUAUCAUGUCAGCACUGAAGAAGGUGUUGCCGGGCAUACUGCAGAAGCAUUGCUGCAUCCUACCAGAUAGGAACACAGAGUCUCAGUGCACUCUGUGUGGUGAAGCAGAAGGUGAAGAUGCUGGACACUUGAAGCAGAGCAAAGUAAGUUUUCCAGGACCAGCACAAGAAAGCCUUGACCAGCCGUAUUCAUGGUCCCCCAUCCAGUACUUCGAUGAAGACAGCUACCCCUCCCCUCCCAGGAAUAUGAAAGGUCUAUCAGGCGGCCGUCCCCAGCUGACCAUCACACCCGGACACACCUGCGGCCUGACGGACUGUGACCACUCCCUGGACCACCUGCAGCAUGGCAUUUCGGACUCCCGCUCGUCUUACCUGCUUAGCCCCACGGACAGCUGCCCUAUGGACCACCACCGCUGCUCGCCGCGGAGCUCCAUCCACUCCGAGUGCAUGGUGAUGCCCGUCUCCAUGGCUUCCGACCACGUCUCCAGCAGCACCUUCCCAAGGAUGCACUACAGCUCACAUCACGAGAGUUCACGGGAGGACGGUUCCACUGUUCACAGCUCCGGGAAGAUGAACCGAAUUCCGGCCAACCUCCUGGACCAGUUUGAAAAGCAGCUUCCCAUCCACCGAGAUGGCUUCCACACGCUGCAGUACCAACGCACUUCCACCACCACCACCACCAGCGAGCAGCGCAACGAAAGUCCCGGGCGCAUCCGGCACCUGGUGCACUCCGUGCAGAAGCUCUUCACCAAGUCCCACUCCCUGGAGGGCUCGUCCAAGAUGAACGGCACCAAGGGCGACUCGCGCUCGGACGCCGGCCACCACCACCACGGGCACCACCACGGCCAUCACAAACACAGCAAGAGGAGCAAGAGCAAGGAGCGCAAGGGCGACUCCAAGCACCGCUCAGGGAUCGCCGGCUGGUGGAGCUCUGACGACAACCUGGACAGCGACAGCACCUACCGGACUCCCAGCGUCAUGAGCCGCCACCACGUGGACCACAUAAGCCACUGCUACCCGGACUCGGUCCAGAGCCACUUUGGAGACCUUUCGCUUAAGACCUCAAAGAGCAACAACGACGUCAAGUGCUCGGCUUGUGAGGGAAUGGGUAUGGCUCCCGAGGGCAAGUUCAUGAAGCGGAGCUCUUGGUCCACGCUGACUGUUAGCCAGGCUAAAGAGGCUUACCGCAAGUCCUCGCUCAACCUGGAGAAACCCAUGAUGCCUCAAGACCUCAAGUCCUCCAUGAGGCCUUGUCAUUAUCUGCAGGUUCCUCAGGACGAGUGGGGGGGCUACCCUGGGGGUAAAGAUGAGGAGAUCCCUUGCCGGCGGAUGAGAAGCAGCAGCUAUGUGAAGGCCAUGGGGGACGAAGAGAGCGGAGACUCGGACGGCAGCCCAAAGAAUUCACCGCAGAAAAGCAUGCGGCCUGGCGGCCUCAUCAAACCUGUGCUGCAGAGGCAGCUGUCUGACCAGAGUCAGAGCUACCACCUGCAGGCUUCGAGGGAGAUCCACCCCAGUAUCACGCUGGACCCCUCGCCCAAUUACAACUCGCCCAAGUUCCGCUCUCGCAACCAGAGCUACAUGAGGGCGGUCAGCACCCUGAGCCAGGCCAGCUGUGUCAGCCAGGUGAGCGAGACGGAGAUAAAUGGUCAAUUCGAGUCGGUCUGCGAGUCCGUGUUCAGUGAGGUGGAGUCACAGGCCAUGGAGGCGCUGGACCUGCCUGGCUGCUUCCGCACACGCAGCCACAGCUACCUACGGGCCAUCCAGGCUGGCUACUCGCAGGACGACGACUGUGUGCCCUCCAUGACCUCAUCCACCGUCACCUCCACCAUCAGGUCCACGGCCGCGGUCACCUACACCCCCAGCACUCCCACCUAUAAGCGGACGCCCCCUCCCGUGCCCCCUCGCAGCACCUCCAAACCCCUCAUCUCCAUCACGGCACAGAGCAGCACCGAGUCGACACAGGACGCCUACCACGAGGGCCGCCUGGCCAGAGGAGGUUUGUGGGGCUCGGAGGGCCUGGGGCUGGGUUUAGGCCGAGCUCUCUACAACUCCACAGACAGCUUGGACAGCGCCAAGGCAGUCACCAUCGCCAUGGAGGCAGCAGCCAUGGCGAUGGCAGGAAAGAGACACCCGUCCACCGACAGCCACAGCUCCGUGAUGACCUGCGACAAAGCGGUACUGGUGUCCAAAGCUGAGGAGUACCUGAAAACACCCAGAUCCUCUAUAGGGAUACAGGUGGAGGCGGCCACGGAUUCAGAGUCCGAGAGCAAAGGAUCGCGGGAAUAUCAUUCUGUAGGGAUUCAGGUGGAGGAUGACAAACGUAUGGGCAGGUUUAAGCGCUCUAACAGCGUGACGGCGGCGGUGCAGGCUGAUCUGGAGCUGGAGGGUUUUCCUACGAUGGAGGAUAAGGGUCUACAGUUUGGUGGGGGCGGUGGGGGUUUCCAGCGCCACAGCGAGCCCAGCACACCUACGCAGUACGGGGCAGUGCGAACCGUGCGCACGCAGGGCCUCUUCAGCUACCGCGAGGAUUACCGGCCCGCCGCGGAGCCCCCCAGUCCUCAGCGCAGCCCCGAGCCCUGGCUGGAGCCUCCAGGGGGCACCAGAGAGCCCCAGGCCACUGUGGCCGUCACAGUGACCCCUCCGCAGGCCUCGGAUUCCGGCAGGGUCUCGCCCUCGACCCGGCGGGACGGCAGCUGGUUCAUGCAGCUCCUACACACCGAGACCAAGAGGAUGGAAGCAUGGUGUAAAGACAUGGAGGGAGAGGCAGAGGAGAACGACCUGUCGGAGGAGAUUCUAGGUAAAAUCCGGAGUGCGGUGGGCAGCGCUCAGCUCCUCAUGUCCCAGAAAUUCCAGCAGUUUUACUGGCUGUGUCAGCAAAACCUGGACCCUAGUGCCAUGCCCCGGCCCACCUCUCAGGACCUGGCUGGAUUCUGGGACCUGCUGCAGCUCUCCAUCGACGACGUCACCUCAAAGUUUGACGAAUUGCAGAAGAUCAAGAGCAACAACUGGAGGCUCAUUGAGAGCCCCGUGAAGAAGCUCCCGCCCCCCGUACCAAAGAAGACACUACGUAAGAGUGUGACGCGGGAGAAGUCUCUGGACCUGCCUGACCGGCAGAGGCAGGAAGCGCGGCGGCGGCUGAUGGCCGCAAAGCGAGCGGCUUCAUUCCGCCAGAACUCGGCCACGGAGCGAGCGGACAGCAUCGAGAUCUACAUCCCCGAGGCCCAGACGAGACUGUGA